AUGUCAAAUGACUCUAAUCAGCAUCUAAGUAAAGAAAAAAGCGAUCAUGACGAAGAAGAACAGGAUGAUGUUGAUAGUAGUGAUUUUGAAGAUCAUCUAACUAGAAAUGCAUUGGAUACAUCAUCUUAUUGGGAUAGUACAGAUUGGAUGUUGAAACAUGCUAUAUUAUCUUACACCUACCGAUCUACUGAUACAUUGACUGUUUGGAAACCAACCACGAGUAUAUCAAACAUUCAGAUUUAUGAUAACAAACUGGAUAGUAGACAAACUGAUUUAGUAUUGAAAUUGUUCUUACAAAGAAGAAGUUUUUUCUAUAUUUGGAAUAUUGUUAUACCAUGUAUUCUAUUAACAUUACUUACAUUAAUUACAUUUUGGACACCAAUUGAUUCAGGUGAAAAAGUUACAUUAGGUUUAUCAGUGUUUUUAGCUUUUUCUAUGUUUAUGAUGUUGAUGGCUGAACGUGUUCCGCCAACAGCUAAAAAUAUUCCACUUAUAGGUGAGUGA